UGCUGCUGCAGCAGGGAUCAGGCCUUGCCAAAGCUAGGGACAAAUUGAAAGAUCAGAAUGACUGAUACUGAUGAAGCCAAGACUUCAGCUUUUGACCACUUUGAAGAUUCCCAAGAUCUAAUAUAUGCGCCGCAAGAACAGUCUAAUGUGCAUGAACAUGUAGCUGCAAGGAAUUCAUGUUUAGGCUCUGCACAGAAAGAUUCUGUAUGUGAAAAAUCUUCACAGGAAUCCUACAUCAGUGGUAGAUCUUCCAAAUAUUUCACCUACUUGACCACCACUGUUCCAACCAAUGCUUUGCUGGAUGACAUCGGUUCAGAGAUUGACCUUUCUGAUUCUACUAGCAGCUUGAUCCAACACAAGUGUAACAUUACACCGGCAGCUCGAAGUUCAACAAGGCACUUGGCAAACUCUCCAGCAAAUACAUUAGACAGAGACACUUCGACUGACUCCUCUCUGGACCCUGGGUCUCCAUUUAAGUUGGCUAAAUCCCCAGGGCUGUCUAGAUCUGCACUCAAUUUGAAAGCCAGUUUUGACUAUUACUUGAGGAGGAAGUAUAGGAGACAAGCACAUCAAAGAUGUAAGGAGAAACCAAAAGAGAGAAAAAAGAGGUACAAGAGCACAGGAAAACCUAGAGGGAGACCACGGCUAACUGCUCCACAAGAAGAGCAGAAAAAAAGACUUCUAGACAGAGGUUUUCAGUUUCCUUUUGUGGAAAAAGAAUAUGGAAGGAAACAUAUCCCCAUGAAAAUGAUUUUUGAAUAUGAGCAAGCAGCUUUAAAGGGAUAUUUCCAAUACAUUAAGAUGCUCAAAUAUGAAGAACAUCUCAAAAAGGCUUUAAAAAACCUGAAUGCUAGUGAGGAUUUAGAAAAUGAAUGUAUGGCGAUGCGGAAACACAAAUACAUAGAUGACGAAGGACCCAUUUCUCCUAUUGAGGAGACAGAUGGAGAUGACCACAACUUGGAUCCUGAUCAAGAAGAAUUUGGUGCCACAAUAGUUGAGAACAGCUGUUUCAUAUUAAGCAGCAAACUUCCAAGCAAGAAAAAAUCAAAGACCAAAGCAAAGCAUGCAAAACUGAUCAGGGAAGAUGAAGCGGAGGAAGAACAAGCUGCUGAUGGGCCUGGGCCUGUACAGGAGAUACUACACAGAUCAGAAAACUAGUACAUCAUGGAAUCCCAUAAAUGCUGGUUGCUGUAACCCUGACUGAGCAUACAUAUCUUCAUAUGCUGCUCCACUUGGCAACAAAACAGUUUUUGUUUGAAGUGACUAUGUUCAGCAUUCAACUUAAACUUUCAGUUAUUGCAAGUGAUUAAUCUAGCAUCGGCUAGGUUGUAAAUGUAUAACUUCAGUUUCCUUUGGGCAUGAACGUGACAAACAUCCCCUCAGCGUAGCUUGAAAAAAUUCAUGCUGGAUCUGGGAAUGGAGUUGUUGCUGGUUCAAUUCUCCUUUUUUGGAGAGAGAAAAAGGAACCAUUUUAGUUUAUUGCUACUGCAAGAGUUUCUGGAACUUCCAAAAUACACUGAAAUCAAGAUGGAAAUACGUAGCUGGUUGAAAAGGCAUUUCCUAUGGCAUUCUGACUGUAGACACACGACCUGACUGCAGUCACCGUCAGGAAGAUCAUCUUCAUACUGAGAUGGUAUGUACAGAAGAAAUGUACAUAUUUGUAAUCGUGAAGGAAACUAAGAAAAAGAGCUAGUGUCAAGGUAGGGGUAGGUCAGUUGAAGGUCAUGCUCAAGCCUUAAACUGGACUUAAAGCUGCAUUUUUUUGUUUAAAGCAGAAGUAAACCCUUAUUUUGAAAAGGGACACUAUCUUUUUUUUUUUUUUAAACUAUAAAGCCACUAUAUGAGAAGAGCUGGAAGCCCUCCCACAAGUUUCACUUAAGUAGGUGUCAUCUAAUGACCUUUUCCUACAUCUUUCCGUAUGCUAUGCAUUUCUGCAAACUUGGGUGCUGGUUCCACUGAAGAUCCUGGUAUCCAGUGCCCUAGAAUGACUUCUCGCAGACCUGAGCCAAUUUGAGCAAGCUGCAGGCUCUGAGGUUGACAACUAAUUUUGAAGCUUUUAAAAUGUCCCUUUUCCUCUAUCUGGAUCAUUCAACACAUUACGUUACUUCAAUUUUUGUCAAGGCAGUCCAAAUAACUGUGGGGAACACUUGGUCACCAAUCGUAUUUUCUUCUAGUGUCUUGGUGGAGCACAUGUUUAAAAAGCAAGGCAAGUGAAGUGAUUACAAAGAAGCUUUGUCAACCAGAAAUUAGGAGAUGCCUGUUCACGAGGCACUAGCUUAGUUAACACUCAACAUGGACUGAAUCUUGUCACAAAAGGAAAUGGGCAAAUUGCUGGAGGGACUUCACUACACUACUAGACAGACCAGAUUUCAUUAUGAUGAAAGAAUUGUUUGGAAGACCGUAUCAUGACACCAACUUGUUUGACAGUGUCCAUUGCUAACAAAUCACUGACCGCAAAUCCCAAAUGAAGACCAGGAACAAACAUGGAUAUGGAAAAGACCUUUCUAGCUGUAUUGUAAAGCAGUCUCGGAUGAUGACCCAGCACAUGUUGCUCAUUUUAAGAACCCUUUCACUGCAGAUU